GUGGGGAGACAAUUCGAUACACACAUGUUACUUUCUUUAGCCUGAUCCUGGGCAGUAUCGGGGUAUUGGGUAUUAAUAACAACAAGAAGACAACCAUUGACAACAGUCAAAUAUGCUUUUGUAUGUAGAUGCUUCUCAAUAGCCCUGCUAGAGUAGCUUACGAAAUAGCAUUUCUGCAUGCGUCUACAGGCCACAUGUUUAAUCACGUGUUUUCAAAUCGGCUUGUCAUGGUGACUGCCAAUGAUCUAACCGGCGUCACUGGAAACCUGAUACACUUCGUAUGGGCACCAGAACUUGUCAGACUGUCCUUGUGCUUUUGAGAAAUCGAAUCAUGGUCUGUGAGAAUGUAAUAGAACAAUUGAACCCUCAAACUUUAGAGCUUAACAAAAAGGAAACUGGAGACGUGACCUCUCUGAAGUGCCCAAACUAUGUCAGAUGUCAUCUCAGACGUUUUUUAUACAUUAUCCCAUUUGGUCCUCAGCCUGUGAGCUUAUUACCUGCUCCAGAUUUCACUGACACAGCAGGUUCAGGGUGGACCGGGUCCAAGGUCACAGGUGGACAGUGGACUCCAAAGUCCGUCCUCUCCUUUUAGAACCGUGUUGGAGUGGUACGAGCAGGGGCCCCUGGGCUGGACUGCCGGCAGGUGUGAAUCCAGGUCAGUUACUGUCUCGUUGCCACACAUGGACCCCCAGAUAUCUCCGAAGGAAGCUGUCCUUGUUACCGGAGGAGGUGGCUAUUUUGGCUUCCGCUUGGGCUGCGCUCUAAACCAGAAGGGAAUCCGCGUGAUUCUGUUUGAUAUAAACUGCCCUGCUCAAGGCAUUCCAGAAGGAAUCAAGUUUGUACAUGGUAACAUCUGCCACUUCUCAGAUGUAGAGAAAGCCUUCCAGGCUGCGGACUUCACGUGUGUGUUCCACGUCGCCUCUUACGGGAUGUCAGGACGGGAGCAGCUCAAUCACCGCCUGAUCGAAGACGUCAACGUCAGGGGCACAGUCAACAUCCUCCAGGCCUGCCAGAGGAGUGGGGUGCCCAGACUAGUUUACACUAGCACUUUCAAUGUCAUCUUUGGGGGUCAGGUUAUCAGAAACGGGGACGAAUCUCUGCCUUACUUUCCUCUUCACCUCCAGCCUGAUCACUACUCUCGCACCAAAUCCAUUGCAGAGAAGAAGGUGCUGGAGGCGAACGGUACAGUCCUAGAGCGAGGUGACGGGGUCUUGAGAACCUGUGCACUGAGGUCAGCCGGCAUCUAUGGGCCCGGAGAGCAGAGGCACCUUCCCAGGAUAGUGAGCUACCUUGAGCGCGGCCUGUUCAGGUUUGUGUACGGGGACCCCAGGAGCCUGGUUGAGUUUGUCCACGUGGAUAACCUGGUACAGGCCCACUUUCUGGCCUCGGAGGCCCUGAAAGCCGACAAGGGCCACAUUGCCUCUGGGCAGCCCUACUUCAUCUCAGAUGGCAGGCCGGUCAACAACUUUGAGUUCUUCCGGCCUCUGGUCGAGGGCCUGGGCUACACUUUCCCAUCUACCCGCCUGCCCUUGACGCUCAUCUACUGCUUCGCUUUCCUGACAGAGAUGACCCACUUCGUUCUGGGUCGGUUCUGUGACUUCCAGCCCUUCCUCACUCGUACUGAAGUGUACAAAACUGGCGUCACACACUAUUUCAGCUUAGAGAAAGCCAGGAGAGAACUGGGUUAUACGCCUCAGCCAUUCGACUUCCAGGAGGUGGUAGAAUGGUUUAAAGCUCACGGUCACGGCAGGAGUGCUGGGAACUGCGGCUGGGAGUCUUGUGUUUGGGAUGCACUGCUGGUCUUCCUCUUAGGAAUGGCAGUCCUCACCUGGCUGCCACCUUCUGUGAUUCUGUCACUGUGAAGGAAGAGCUAGAAAUAAGAGCCGAUCACGCUGGCUGAGAUGGUUUUCCAGAAACGGGUUUUAAAGUACAUAAAGUGAAUCUGGUGCCAAACUUCAGCUUAGCAAAGUGCUACUUAAGAAGAAAUUCUUGGAUUAAAUCUUCAUUACUUAAACUCACUGCACUACUCAAUGGCAGGGGUGGGGGAAGGAGCAAAGAUAAGCUUGAAAUUGGGUUCCUUGUGUCCUUCAAUUUUAGAUGUGUGCAGUAGAAGUCACUUUAGAGCCAGCGAGGUAGGCUUAGUGGGAUUGGAAAGGCCCUACUCGAGUUCCUCGGAAGGCAGAAGCAUACUUGCUUCUGUUUCAUAUGCUCUGCACCCACGCACAGUGGGCCGAAGCCCAGGCUGACGUGGGAAUGGCAGAACACGAACCAGCUUGGACCAGAUCCCUCACAGACCAGCCCUCUGAGUGCUGUUCAUAGCUCAAAUUUCAGGAUUUCACUUUUGCCCUUUGUGAUAUAAGGGCAUUCCGCCAACGUGACAACGUGGUAA